AAACCCUAGCGAGCGAUGAAGAUCCAGUGCAACGCGUGCGGGGCGGCGGAGGCGCGGGUGCUCUGCUGCGCCGACGAGGCCGCGCUCUGCGACGCCUGCGACAAGGAGGUCCACGCCGCCAACAAGCUCGCGGGGAAGCACCAGCGCGUGCCGCUGCUCCCCGACGCCGCGCCGCCCUCUGCGCCCAGCGCGCCGCCCAAGUGCGACAUCUGCCAGGAGGCUUCUGGAUACUUCUUCUGCCUGGAGGACCGUGCUCUACUUUGUAGAGAUUGUGAUGUUGCUAUACACACAGUAAAUUCCUUUGUUUCAGUGCAUCAAAGGUUCCUGCUGACAGGAGUUCAAGUUGGCCUUGAACCUGCUGAUCCAGUUCCACCUAUUGCUGACAAGCAUGUUAACGCUUCUAGUGGAUCAGUGAAUUCACAACAGAAACACUUGGCGAGGAAAAAUCCUACAGUCUUACUUUCAGGUGAAAGCAGUGUAUCUAUACCAAGCCAAAAUGCAAUCAGUGGAGAUUAUUCUAGGCAGAUUGAUGUUCCAAAUACCAAGACAGCAAUGGUCAACUGGACUAUGGACAAUAGUGCAAUUAGGUCGGCAGAGCAUCCACCUAAGUACCUGUCAGAUGCAAGUUCAAAACAUUUGCUACCUAGUCAGACCACAGCAGCCUUAUCCAAUCAAAUGAACAGAGAUAGUGACCCAGCAUACAACUUACCAUUUUCAGGUGGUAAUGGGUCAAAUGGCUUACCUGAUUGGCCUGUCGAUGAAUUCUUUAGUAACUUCGAAUAUGGCCCAAACUUUGGCUUUACUGAGCAUGGUUCUUCAAAGGGUGACAAUGCAAAGUUGGGGAGCGCUGAGGGAUCUCCACAGUGCCGCCUAGCUGAAGGCCUGUUUGCGGAAGACCUGUUAGGCCAAGUACCUGGAUUUGAUGCAGAAGAUACGUGGGUGGUGCCCGAGGUUCCCUCACCACCAACAGCCUCGGGUCUCUGCUGGCAAGGGAAUUUGCGUUACCCUGUGUACGACAAUGCCAUGUUCGUCCCUGAAAUUCCCUCCCUGCAGAGCUCCCAGGACCACUAUACUGUAUCUUCCGGCUCCAAACGCCGAAGGAGAGAGUUUUGAGUAACCCAAAGAGCAAGCACAGGACAUCCAGGUCAAGGAGGGUGUCUUGAAAGAGGUUUCCUGUUAAGCCAAACCGCAUAAAACUGGUCUUGUUGAUCACUCAAAUGGAUGAAUUCUUUGCUAGUCAGUAAAAAAAUUAUGUUGUAAUGCUUUGACGAUUUUUUGUUUCUAAAGAUUAUGGUGAGUGAGUUGUUGUGAGCUGUGAGACAACAGACUUAUGAACUGUUAGGUACAUUUGUGUAUAGGGAAAAUGAAGAUGAACAUCCAUAACACCAUGUAUCAUAAUUGUACACCUACUGCCUUGGUUACACUAGGGCAAUGAACCGAAGGAGUAGCUGUGUGAACUGUU